AUGUCGUCUACAAGUCUUUUCGGCAUGGCUGCCGACGAUACUCGAAUCCUGGGCCAGGAUCCCCUUAUUCCUCCCGCUCUCCUCACCACCGAGAUCCCCUUGUCCAAAGAUGCCACCAAGACCGUCCUCAAAGGCCGCAAUGACGCCGCCGACAUUGUCCUCGGCCGCAGCGACCGCCUGCUCGUCGUCGUAGGCCCCUGCUCGAUCCACGACCCCCCCAUGGCCCACGAGUAUGCCGCUCGCCUCAAGGCCCUAUCCGAAAAGCUCGCCGACGACCUCUGCAUCGUCAUGCGCGCUUACCUCGAGAAGCCCAGAACCACAGUCGGCUGGAAGGGUCUGAUCAACGAUCCCAGCAUUGACAACUCCUUCGAGAUCAACAAGGGUCUGCGCGUCUCCCGCCAGCUCUUUGCCGACCUGACCAACAACGGCAUGCCCAUUGCCAGUGAGAUGCUCGACACCAUCUCCCCCCAGUUCCUUGCCGACUGCAUCUCCGUCGGCGCGAUUGGUGCCCGCACAACCGAGUCCCAGCUUCACCGUGAGCUGGCCUCUGGCCUGUCCUUCCCCGUCGGCUUCAAGAAUGGCACCGACGGCAACCUUGGCGUAGCCAUUGACGCUAUUGGCGCCGCCGCCGCCAAGCACCACUUCAUGGGAGUCACCAAGCAGGGUCUCGCCGCUAUUACCCGCACAAAGGGCAACGAGCACGGCUUCGUCAUUCUUCGCGGCGGUACCUACGGCCCCAACUUUGACAAGGAGAAUGUCCAGGCUGCCAAGAAGACCCUCGAGGAGAAGAAGCAAAAGAUGGCCAUCAUGAUUGACUGCUCGCAUGGCAACUCUCAGAAAGACCACAAGAACCAGCCCAAGGUUGCCAAGGUCAUUAGCGACCAGCUCCGUGAAGGUGAAAAGGCCAUCAUUGGUGUCAUGAUCGAGUCCAACAUCAACGAGGGCAACCAAAAAGUUCCUGCCGAAGGACCCGCCGGUCUCAAGCCCGGUGUCAGCAUCACCGAUGCCUGCAUUCACUGGGAGGAUACCGUGACUGUCCUUGAGGACCUCGCCGAGGCGGUUCGCGUCCGCAGACAAGUAAAUGGCGGAUCCGCGUAA